AUGAACAUAAUCCUAUUCAUACUAGCACUCUCAUUCACCCUAAGCAUGCUACUGACAGCACUAAACUUCUGACUGGCUCAAAUAAACCCAGACCCAGAAAAACUAUCUCCAUACGAAUGCGGAUUUGACCCCCUAGGCUCAGCCCGACUACCCUUCUCCAUCCGCUUCUUCCUAGUAGCCAUCCUAUUCCUCCUAUUCGACUUAGAAAUUGCCCUACUCCUACCACUACCGUGAGCCACUCAACUGCAAUCCCCCAUCACCACUCUAACCUGAGCCUCCCUACUCAUUCUACUCCUUACACUAGGACUAAUCUACGAGUGAGUCCAAGGCGGACUAGAAUGAGCAGAAUAA